UAUAGAAAGAACAGCAAUAGCAAAAAAAAAAAACAGCAACAACAAAAAGACAGCAAAAUAUACGUAAACAAACUGGAAUAACAAGAACUAGAACAUCGAGACAGGGGUUAUAUUACCGAUGUCACAGGACGUUCAUCAUCAACCAUUAAAAUGGUUAGGUAAAUAGUAAGAAUAAGAAAAGAAAUGUCAGAAGAUGAAAGAAUUAUAGGGUAGAAGGUUAAAGGGAAACACUUAGAAUGUAUGAUAUUGGUUGUUUGAUCGAAAAUAUUCAUCCAGUUGCACGUCACCCUAAAAGAUAACUAUAAUUGGUUCAUAGAUUUAUGAAUAAUCAAUGACUUUGUGAAUCGAUUAUUUAAUUGUUCGCCAAGGAUCAUCUGCAGUGUGAAGGCAAAGUCUCCCAUUGAACCGGGACUAAAGCACAGAAGCUCAACCAUAAAACAAGUCUUUAUUUAAUUGUAGGGCUUCACCUUUGCACCGUCUAUAUCAGAGAAGAAUUUUGCUUUAUUUCAGAAGUCUAUUUAGGGAGCUUUCCAAAAUACAAUGUCGCUCAAUGAGUCUUGUCAUUUUAACUAUCAAAUCGUCAUGGGAAACAUAAAGGACUUGCAUGUUUCAAUUCUCAUCGCAACUAUUCUUCUUUCUUUGCUAAUCAUCCCCACAGCAGUUCUUAAUCUUCUUGUGUUGGCAGCAGUGUGGAGGAAAGCUUUGCUUAAGACUCCUUCUAAUGUCUUUUUAUGCAACCUUGCCCUAUCGGAUUUGGCGGUGGCUUUAAUUGGCGAACCAGCUAUGGUGGCAGUUAAGUUUAUUGCAAUGUCUAUUAACAAUGUUCAGAUUUCCUGCUACAUAUCUUCAGCAAUCACAACAAUCUCUGUUGCUCUAUGUUUUGUAUCGUUUUUAACUAUAGUUUUAAGUACUGUCGACCGCUAUCUUGCAUUGAAAUUCCACUUGACUUAUGCCUCUCGAGUAACACUUUUUCGUGUUACCUGGACCUGCGUUUUGGUAUGGGUUAUUUCACUUUUUGCUUCACUCGCCGGGGUGUUCCACAACACGACGUUCAAAUACAUUAUUACAGUUGGUGGUUCUGUUUGUGUUGCUACGAUGGCUUUCUGCUACACAAAGAUCUUUUUAAUUCUUCGGUAUCAUCACGCCAAAAUUCAAAUUCAGCGGCAAGUUCCAGGACGGCAGAUCUCACUCCCUGACCUGACACAUUUUCGAAAAAGUGUUGUAAACCUUUUCUGUAUUUUUGUCUGGUUUAUCGUGUCUUAUGCUUCGUUUGUCUGUGCUAUUGCCAUAGUUUCCUCAAGAGGGAUUUCUACUUCAAUUCAUGUUCUUCGUAUUUGGAGGUUUUCCAUUGUGCUAGUCUGUCUCAAUUCGACCAUCAAUCCAAUCGUAUAUUGUUGGAGAAUGACAGAAAUAAGAGAGGCAAUGAAAGAGACUUUAAUGGCUGUCUUGUCAAAGUUAAAGUGCUAUUGAUGAGCUAAUUAUGAACAGGAAUUAAAUAUAUUGUG